ACUUAUUGUGAAACGCCAGCAAUGUUCGCGACACUUUGACAAACUUUACGGCUUCAGGACUUCGAACCGGCGUUGCUGCCCGGUCCAGUCCUCCGACACACCGGGACCACACCUCACUCCGAGCCGACUGUCAGAGCCUUUUCACGUCAAUCUUCUUCUUCGGGAGUUUUCUUUUUUCCUGCUCCGCGGAGGACCACGGGAUACAGGAGCUAACGGCGGGAAAUUGCUUUGUUGCUCAACAUGGAGGCAACAGGACAACCAGGACAACCAGGACAACCAGGACAACCAGGAGAACCAGGAGAACGUCGGACACAGCAGUGCAGCAGCUGUGACUCCUGCUCAGCCAGAUGUUGGUGUCUGGACUGUAAUGAAGCCAUGUGUGAUGACUGUGUGUCGGCUCAUCGCAGAGUCACAAUGACCCGAACACAUCGGCUGAUCAACCAACUGCCGCAAGACCAGACAGGAGGCCGUGAUGGUGACUUGAGCCGAUCAGAACCUGGACACCUUCAGUUCGACCCGCUGCCUUCAGGAAACACCCUGAGUUCUCCCACGAAGUUCUGCAGACUUCACCCGUCUGAGCCGCUGAAGCUCUUCUGUUUCACCUGCAGCCAGAUCACCUGUAGAGACUGUCAGCUGAUUGCACACAUGAACCACAGGUACCAGUUUGCCAGUGAAGCAGAGGCCACUCUAAGGAAGCAGCUGGAGGCCUGUGCUCAGCCAAUCCAAGUGCAGACAGAUGCUGUGAGGCGGAGUCUGAAGGAUAUGUCAACCAGGCUUUGGCUGAUUAGUCAGUCUAACUCUCGUCUGAAGGAUCAGCUACAGAAGUCCUCCUUCACUUUGACUCAGCUGCUGACAACAAGGAUGGAGAACAUAGGGAAGGAGAUUGAGAAGGUUCAUCAGCUGGAGUGCGAGCGCAUCAAGUGGAGGAUGGUGACGCUGAGGCAGCUGCAGCGGAGUCACACGUAUUUGACUGAAACUGCAGAAAAGGCCCGAAACACCAACGACCUGUCGGCACUGCUCACCUACACAACACAGAUUAAGGCUCAGCUGAAGGAUCUUCUGGUUCAGGACUUGUCUCCUCCUCCUACAAUGACCCAGCUGAAGGUCGUCGCUGACCAACAGGCUCUGGAAACCAUCUCACACUUUGGUGAGCUCAGUGUUUCAUGGAUCCCCUUUAAUGUGCUGGAAAACUCCAGUGAGAACAUAGAACCUUCCCCUCCUCCUCCAGCUGUGACCACCAAUCACAGCGCUUCACCUGUUCCAGAUGCCACAUUUAAGGAGUCUAAUCCGUCGCCUUCUCCCUUCCCAACAAAUCCAUCCUUCAGAUUGUCCUCCACCUUCCCCUUUCCUGGUCCCACCUGCAAGCCCCACCCCCUGAAUGGCACCUGCAGUGAUGCAGCCUCACCUGUUGGAGUUCCUGCAUCCUCCAGCUGCUCCUCCUCCUCCUCUACUCCUCCCCAAUCACUUGCUCCAGUCAACGGUCAAGCUCAGCUGAAACAGUUUACAUCCACUCAGUUGGAUUUUCCUCCUCCUCCUCCCUCCUCCGAAGUCUCUCAGUUCCAAUUCAGGUGGAAGCCGCAGAAGAAGCAGGGAACGAAGGAGGAGGCCUCAUCUUCUUCCUCGUCCUGCACCACCAGCUGCUCACCUUCCACCUCCUCUUCUUCAGGCUCCACAUCCUCUUCCCUCCCCUCCACCUGUUCUGUGUCAAGCUUCGUCCUCCAUACGGCGACCAGCAGACAUGCCGUCUCACCUGUUAAGGUCUCGAGUCUUCCUCCUUUGUCAUAUGAUCUCAUUAGGUUUCCGUCCCCCGUCUCAGCUCCCACCUGUCCAGCUCCCACCUGUCCAGCUCCCAUCUGUCCAGCUCCCACCUGUCCAGCUCCCAUCCGUCCAGCUCCCACCUGUCCAGCUCCCAUCCGUCUAGCUCCCAUCUGUCCCCCUCCCAUCCCACCAGCUUGUCCAGCUCUGACCUAUCUCAUUCCCAUCCCUUCAGCUCCCACCUGUCAGAAUGGUUCUGUUCGUUAUGUCAGGACCUAUCGGACUCUUCAGACCCUUAUAGCUCCGACAGACCAUCCAGUCCUCAGAGUUCCAGUCUCAGCCUGCAGAACCAAAGGAGGUGUGAGAGUCUUGUGCUACACCUGA